AAUUUCUCCAUUCUCUAUAUUUAAUUUCAUUCUCAAUCAACCGACUCUCCCCAUCUCCUUCCUUCCCGCUACAUUCUUUCUCUUUAACAUUUUCUCUCCGUAUUUUUCAUCCAUUUUCAAGAGCUUUCACAAUCCACGACGAAUUGAUCUCUGUUUCUGGUUUUCUUAUGGCUGCUCUUCCCAGAUUUUUUCUCUCCACCCUUUUCUUGCUUCUGGUUCUUCGUCCUUCCUAUGGAGCUCUCCAUUCUUCCCCUCAUCUCAACCCCACCAACCCCAAAUCCGUUUCUUCGAUUGAAACUAUGGUAGAUGGGUUUACAAAGGAUUUAAAAGAGAUGAUUAAGAAGGGAUUAGGGUUUAGGGGCGACGAUUUCAAGGUCUCAGGAGUUGAUUUCAAAGAUGCAAGGGCUGGGAAUUCGGUUGCUUAUGAGUUUGAGUUGGAGAUUGAUAACCAAGUUUUUCCAUUGAAGUUUUUGGAAAAUGCCCAACAAUGGGACUAUGUGGAUUUGCCUAUUUUUCAGAUUCAAGAGCAGUCUCAAGACGAAGAUAAAAAUUUGUUGGCCCAGAAACGUAAUCUGGGCUCUGAUUUACCUGUUUUGGCUCCCUUUCAGCUCGCCGGUCCGAUGGAGCUCUGGAUUCAGGAUGCUGAUGGCAUGAGGGUCUCAUUGCCACACGAUGUAGAUGCUGGUGUCUUGAGAAAGGUUGUUCUGGCAGAUGGAGCAGUUGUUACUGUAACUGGUGCUAGAUCUGUUAGCCUUCGUCAACCGCUCGAUCUUCCUCUCCCUCUCAAUCGAACAACCCCUGGUUUCGCUACGGGUCUGGUAGCCUUAGCCGAACAACUCCGCCACACAUCUCGAUCUCAAUCAACCCCACUCCUUUCUCUUCGCAUAGUUGGUCCUACCUCCCUCACUUCAUCUCCUAGCUCCACCAACAAGCUCAAGCUCAAGCGCCUAGCCCCUGGCCUAGUCGAACUCUCAUCCCCCAUCCAAGCCAUCCAGUCUCCUUCCCCAGUCCAUCUUCAACCCAAUGCCCCAACCAUUCUAACACCAAAGGCAUUCACAACACUGUGGCCAAUCACCUCCAUCAACGGCUCGAACUCGAAAUUAGUUGGUUUCGAGACACUUCUGACAUCUCUUCUCGGCCCGAAAGCAAAUGGAAAGGGCUCAUUCAAGCUGUUAAAGGCCAAUGUCUCCGCUCAAACAACUGUGAGGAUUGGUUUUGGUGUUGACAAGAAGUUGGAAGAAGGAGAUGGGAUCGACAUGGAGGGAUUUCCUGAAUGGAGGACUAAACCUGAGGCUGUGAGGUUGCAUUUCGAGGUUCUGGCAACGCUCGAUGGUGAACGGAUCAUACCAGAGAGGGUAAUGCAGGUUAAGCCAGUGAUAGUUGAGGACACGGUUGCACCUAAUGUGCUACUUGGGAACGUGAGUAUGUCAAAAACUCCUAUUGUUUAUACCCCAUCUGAUCCUUUCACCCUGUAGUUGGUAUCUGCAUGUUUUGGUUGUCUUUUGGGGUCAGUGCCCUUUUAUGGUUAAAAGUGUAAAAAAUAUAUAUUGAGUGAAUAUAGAGAGAAGUUGAGUACUGUAAGAACUACUGAUAUUCAAAGUUUCUCUACAAAAUUUUAUUUUAUUAUUUCUUUUUA